AUGAUUACAGUGCCAUCGCAGGAGCUUGCAACCUUUCUCGGGAAUCAUCUCGACCAAGUGCUUCAGCAGAGUGCGCUCGAAUUUUCACAGACUUUAGCGGCGAAUCGGCAGUUCAAGGCAGGAUGUGCACUCAUGGAUGUUUUGAACGCUGUCGAGUCUGUUCAGGAACGGAUACGAGCAUUUCUACAGGAACGGAGAAGAACACUAGUGCCAACCAGAAAGAUCUUGUGGCUUCAGAGUUUGUACAGCCGCUUUCCGAUCCAUCAGAAUCCAUUCCUUUGUCUUUUCAUGGACAUUUAUACCACAUCUCUACAAGAUGAACAGCAGCGGCCAGAGCGCUUUGUCGUCAGUGUGAUCCUCAGUGGCGAUGGAGAAGAGCUAGCUCCCAGUACUCCUUCAGAGCUAAUCACAAUCGCACAUGAGGUCGAAUCAAAGCAAAUAAACUUUCAGCGUUUGGAAGAUUUCUUCCAGAAAAUCUACGUCAGUUCUUUGGCCACAAACCAAAUACAAAAUAAUGAUGAUAAUAAUAAUAACGGAGAGGACGAGGAAGAAGAGCUUGAAGAAUGGGAAAUUGAAGCUGAGAAGCAUUUUCAGGAUGCAGAGGAUGCAGCCCCUGCGCCAGCAAAAGUCAAUGUUAGAGUUAAAAAGCCUGUAGAGGUUACUGUCAAUCGCCAACAGCUAAACGCCAUCAUGGAACAGGCUGCUGUGCAACCACUGACGUUUGAUCAAGAGCAGACUCUUCCAGGGAUCGUUGAUAAUAAUCCAUCGAUCGCGUUUAAUUUGCUGUUGUAUUUGAUUCAACUUUCAUCGGAUCUGGAUGGAACCGAUAUUUCUGGGACAGCAUCAAAACUUAACGGCAAUACUGGAACCCCAGGCAAAAUUAGUGCAAAGAGUAGCAAUUUUAGCAGUCCGGAGCCUUCGAUCGUAGAUGCAUACUUGGACACGAUGACCCACGCCAAACGAUUAACUCUUCAUUCACUAGAGGUAGUGAAUCGAUUGACUGGAGCCACAACACUUUCACCUCGCUUUCUUCACGCUUAUAUUGAAAACGCAAUCCGAUGCUGCGAACUAGUGGACGAUAAGGUUGGGCAAGCUCGCGUCGUCCUUGUGUGUCUUCUUGCAAUCGCUUCUACGGAGUGGGGCUAUCACUAUCGCAGGAUAUUAUCAUGCUUUGCAGAGUUUUUGUGUUCAGUUUGCAAGAGUCAAGAGGUUGCAAUCCUAUUCCAAUCACUGGUAGAGUAUCAGAGGAAAAUGGAUGCACCAUCACCUUCUCCAGUACAAACACAAGGUCCCUCUUUCCGUGGAUCGCCACAGCAGCAACAACAACAACAGGCAUUUUCACGUCAAUCUACUCAGUCCGCAUCCGUACCCUCAACUCCUACUACUGAUACUCCUUCACGGUCGUCCUGGCUAGCCAGUUCAGGGUCUAUCAGUAAUGUUAAAUCGACCCUCAGCAAGCAUAGCUCCUUGAACGGGUUUUCGACUCCGGGCGUGCUUUCACAGUUCAUUCAUCCAGGACCAGCUUCAUCCGUAAACAACAAUAGCAUAAUGUCAGCUUCUGUGAAUGCUUUUAAUUCGGGAUUAGGAAAUCCUACGAGUCUAACACUCAAUGGUGGUAAUAGUGGGAGUAAUGGACAAAGCGGAUUCCGUGCGAGGCCUGGAUCGGGCGCACCGUCAGGAUCGACGUCAACGCCGAAUUCAGCAUCCAUAGAUGGCUCCUAUGACCUUGACGCAGCAUUGAGAGCGAGUCUAAGAGAUAUGGAGGCCCGCGGAGGAGUAUCUUCGACAGUCAGUGGUUCUACAAGCUCUAACCGAACAUUAAGCAAUGGACAAUAUCAACAGCAACAGCAACAGCAGCCGCAGACGAUCCAUUUAGGACCCAAGGGGCUUAAUACCACAUCUCAUUUCAACCAAGCUCGAGGACGAGGCGCACGCCGCGGUGGUUGA